ACACCUCCUAUCCAGGAGUAGGAGAGCAUUCUCUGGUGCUCAGCACUCCCUGGAAAGCUCCUCUUUUUCUACUCACCACCUUCAACUAGAAGAUGGUGCUCAGGCCCACAACUGCAGCGUUUCUGAGCAUGGAUAUGACUGUCACAGCCUGGGAGACCGACCUCACAACAACCAAUGAAAUUGAUCGGGCCAUUUAUCAACAUUAUACAGAGUUCAUAAUCGUGCAAUUACUGACAAUCAUCGUGGCCCUGGUGGGGCUGGCAGGCAACGCGGCGGUGCUCUGGCUCCUGGGCUUCCGCAUGCGCAGGAACGCCUUCUCUGUCUACAUCCUUAACCUGGCGGGGGCCGACUUCCUCUUCCUCUGCUACCGAAUUAUACAUAGUCUAGUUUUACUUUUCAACUUAAAAUUUUUCUAUAGAGUAACAAAUAGAUUUCUCAUCCCUGUGUCAACCUUUGCCUACAUCUCAGGCCUGAGCUUUCUCAGCACCAUCAGCAUGGAGCGCUGCAUGUCUGUCCUGUGGCCCAUCUGGUACCGCUGCCGCCGCCCCAGACACAUGUCCACUGUCAUGUGUGCCCUGCUCUGGGUCCUGUCCCUGCUUCUGAUCAUCUUGGGAGAGUACUACUGUGGCUUCUGGAGUAGUAAUGCACAUUAUUUUUGGUGCCCAGUGUUGCAUUUCAUCGCUGCGGCGUGGCUGAUUUUGUUGUUUGUGCUUCUCUCUGGGUCCAGCCUGGCCCUGAUGACCAGACUGCUGUGUGGCUCCCAUCGGGUGCCGCCCACAAGGCUCUACGUGACCGUUGUGAUCACGGUGCUGGUCUGCCUCCUCUGCGGCCUGCCCUUCGGCAUCUACUGGUUCCUCAUAGUCUGGUUUCCAAAUGAAUCUAGUGCCCUCUUUCAUGUUUUCAUGAUGGUAGCACUUCUGUCCUGUGUCAACAGCUGUGCCAACCCCAUCAUUUACUUCUUGGUUGGCUCCUUCAGGCAGCGAUGGUGGAAGCGAAGACACACCCUGAGGCUGGUUCUCCAGCGGGCGCUGCAGGACACUCCUGAGGUGGAUGAACCUGGAGAAAGCCUUCCUGGGGAAACCCUGGCCAUGUCGGGAAGCAGUCAGGGGCAGUGAUGAGAGCCUCUGUCCUGAUCAGUCUGAAGUAACUUUGAGACUUACUGCUGCCUUGCCAGGCUUGGAAAGUAUCUAGUCUUCUCUCAGGCUCAACUUCAUAAUGCUUCAGUGAUUCCCCAAUCUCUUCAAAUAGGCUGCUUUUAAUCUGGCUGCUCUAGUUUUUCUCAUUAGUCUGAAAAGUAUGCCUUGCCACCGUUCCUGACAUUACCAUUAAAUUUCUCAUG